CGAAUUAAUUAAGUGGGGCGCGGGGGGGGGUGGAGAGCGAGGCGGCGGCGCGGCGGCGGCACCAUGUUCCCGGGGACUGCCUGAGGCGCCGGGCCGGACGCCGUCGCUGCCAGCCGGGUCCCGGGAGGCGGCCGGGCCGCCGGGGCGCCCCCGCCGCGGAGUGUCGCGCUCGGGAGGCGGGCAGGGGAUGAGGGGGCCGCGGCCGGCGGCGGCGGCGGCGGCCGGGGGCGGGCGGUGAGCGCUGCGGGGCGCUGUUGCUGUGGCUGAGAUUUGGCUGCCGCCUCCCCCACCCGGCCUGCGCCCUCCCUCUCCCUCGGCGCUCGCUGGCUCGCUCGCGGCUCGUGCGCGCGCCUCUCCCCUCGCAGCCGGCCGGGGCCGGGCCGACCCCCGCCCGGGAGCCCUCGUCGGCCCCGCCGCCCGCGCCGGGGGCUGUUUCCGCGCGCAGGUGAAAAUGGCCGAGAACUUGCUGGACGGACCGCCCAACCCCAAACGAGCCAAACUCAGCUCGCCCGGCUUCUCGGCGAAUGACAGCACAGAUUUUGGAUCAUUGUUUGACUUGGAAAAUGAUCUUCCUGAUGAGCUGAUCCCCAAUGGAGGAGAAUUAGGCCUUUUAAACAGUGGGAACCUUGUUCCAGAUGCUGCUUCCAAACAUAAACAACUGUCGGAGCUUCUGCGCGGAGGCAGUGGCUCUAGUAUUAACCCAGGAAUAGGAAAUGUGAGUGCUGGCAGCCCCGUGCAGCAGGGCCUCGGCAGCCAGGCUCAGGGGCAGCCGAACAGUGCAAACAUGGCCAGCCUGGGUGCCAUGGGCAAGAGCCCUCUGAACCAGGGAGAUACGUCAGCCCCUAGCCUGCCCAAGCAGGCAGCCAGCACCUCUGGGCCCACUCCCCCUGCUUCCCAACCACUGAAUCAGCAAGCACAAAAGCAAGUGGGGCUGGUAACGAGCAGCCCUGCCACGUCGCAGACAGGACCUGGGAUCUGCAUGAAUGCUAACUUUAACCAGACCCACCCAGGCCUCCUCAAUAGUAACUCUGGCCACAGUUUAAUGAACCAGGCCCCGCAAGGGCAGGCGCAAGUCAUGAAUGGAUCUCUGGGGGCUGCUGGCAGAGGAAGGGGAGCUGGAAUGCCGUACCCUGCUCCAGCCAUGCAGGGGACCACGAGCAGCGUGCUGGCCGAGACGUUAACGCAGGUUUCGCCGCAGAUGGCCAGUCACGCCGGACUGAACACGGCACAGGCGGGAGGCAUGACAAAGAUGGCAAUGGCUGGCAACACAAGUCCAUUUGGCCAACCCUUUAGUCAAACUGGAGGGCAGCAAAUGGGAGCCCCUGGAGUGAACCCGCAGUUACCCAGCAAGCAGAGCAUGGUCAAUAGUUUACCUCCCUUCCCUGCAGACAUCAAGAACACUUCAGUCGCCAACGUGCCAAACAUGUCUCAGAUGCAAACGUCAGUGGGAAUUGUACCCACACAAGCAAUUGCAACGGGCCCCACUGCAGAUCCUGAAAAACGCAAACUGAUACAGCAGCAGCUGGUUCUACUGCUUCACGCCCAUAAAUGUCAGAGACGAGAACAAGCAAAUGGAGAGGUUCGGGCCUGCUCGCUCCCACACUGUCGAACCAUGAAAAAUGUUUUGAAUCACAUGACACAUUGUCAGGCUGGGAAAGCCUGUCAAGUUGCCCAUUGUGCAUCUUCACGACAAAUCAUCUCUCAUUGGAAGAACUGCACACGACAUGACUGUCCUGUUUGCCUCCCUUUGAAAAAUGCCAGUGACAAGCGAAACCAACAAACCAUCCUGGGGUCUCCAGCUAGUGGAAUUCAAAACACACUUGGCUCUGUUGGCGCAGGCCAGCAAAAUGCUACUUCUUUGAGUAACCCGAACCCCAUAGACCCCAGCUCCAUGCAGCGAGCCUACGCUGCUCUUGGGCUCCCCUACCUGAACCAGCCCCAAACGCAGCUGCAGCCUCAGGUUCCAGGCCAGCAACCAGCACAGCCUCAAACUCACCAGCAGAUGAGGACUCUCAACCCCCUGGGAAAUAACCCAAUGAACAUUCCAGCAGGAGGAAUAACAGCAGAUCAGCAGCCGCCAAACUUGAUUUCAGAAUCAGCUCUUCCAACUUCCCUCGGGGCCACAAACCCCCUGAUGAAUGACAGCGCCAGCUCGGGGAGCAUCGGCGCCCUCAGCACCAUACCAACAGCCGCCCCUCCUUCCAGCACUGGCGUCCGGAAGAGCUGGCACGAACACGUCACUCAGGACCUGCGGAGCCAUCUAGUGCACAAACUUGUCCAAGCCAUCUUCCCAACACCUGACCCUGCAGCCCUGAAGGACCGCCGCAUGGAGAACCUGGUGGCCUAUGCUAAGAAAGUGGAAGGGGACAUGUAUGAGUCUGCCAACAGCAGGGAUGAAUACUAUCACUUAUUAGCAGAGAAAAUCUACAAGAUACAGAAAGAACUAGAAGAAAAACGGAGAUCACGUUUACACAAACAAGGCAUCUUGGGUAACCAGCCAGCCUUACCGACCCCUGCGACACAGCCUCCCGGGAUUCCACAGGCACAAACUGUGAGACCUCCAAAUGGGCCCAUGCCCCUGCCAGUGAAUCGCAUGCAGGUUUCUCAAGGGAUGAAUUCAUUUACCCCAAUGUCCUUGGGGAAUGUACAGUUGCCACAAGCUCCCAUGGGCCCGCGCGCAGCGUCCCCUAUGAACCACUCUGUCCCGAUGAGCAGCAUGGGCUCCGUCCCAGGGAUGGCCGUUUCUCCUUCCCGGGUGCCUCAGCCUCCAAACAUGAUGGGUGCGCACGCCGGUAACAUGAUGGCCCAGGCGCCUGCACAGAGCCAGUUCCUGCCGCAGAGCCAGUUCCCAUCCUCUGGCGGGGCGAUGAGUGUGAACAGUGUGGGCAUGGGGCAGCCGGCGGCCCAGACAGGCGUGUCACAGGGUCAGGUGCCUGGUGCCGCUCUUCCUAACGCUCUGAACAUGCUUGGGCCCCAGGCCAGCCAGCUGCCUUGCCCACCAGUGACCCAGUCUCCACUGCACCAGACGCCACCCCCCGCCCCUGCCACCGUGGCCAUGCCGGCUCUCCAGCACCCUCCAGCGCCUGGGAUGACUCCUCCCCAGCCCGCAGCUCCCACCCAGCCGUCAACUCCUGUGUCGUCUUCUGGACAGACUCCCACCCCGACCCCCGGUUCGGUGCCCAGUGCUAGCCAAACCCAGAGCACCCCUACUGUGCAGGCGGCGGCCCAGGUGACACCGCAGCCACAGACCCCAGCCCGGCCCCCGUCUGUGGCCACCCCUCAGGCAUCGCAGCAGCCCACGCCCGUGCACGUCCAGCCCCCCGGCACACCGCUUUCCCAGGCAGCUGCCAGCAUUGAUAACAAGGUCCCCACUCCAUCUUCAGUGGCCAGCGCUGAAACCAACUCCCUCCAGCCAGGACCUGAUGUGCCAGUGCUGGAAAUGAAGGCUGAGGUCAAGACCGAGGACACCGAGCCUGAUGCCAGUGAUGCCAGGGGGGAGCCUGGGUCUGCGAUGAUGGAAGAGGAUUUGCAAGGAUGUUCUCAAGUUAAAGAGGAAACAGACACAGUAGAGCAGAAAUCAGAACCGAUGGAAGUGGAGGAAAAGAAACCUGAAGUGAAAGCAGAAGCUAAAGAAGAAGAGGAGAGCAGUACAAAUGGGACUGCCUCUCAGUCAGCAUCUCCCUCCCAGCCACGCAAAAAAAUCUUUAAGCCGGAGGAGUUACGCCAGGCUCUUAUGCCAACCCUGGAAGCGCUGUACCGCCAGGAUCCAGAGUCCUUGCCUUUCCGGCAGCCAGUAGAUCCCCAGCUCCUAGGAAUUCCAGAUUAUUUUGACAUCGUGAAGAAUCCCAUGGACCUUUCCACCAUCAAGCGGAAGCUGGAUACAGGGCAGUACCAAGAGCCCUGGCAGUAUGUGGACGAUGUCUGGCUCAUGUUCAACAACGCCUGGCUGUACAAUCGUAAAACGUCCCGGGUCUAUAAGUUUUGCAGUAAACUCGCAGAGGUCUUUGAGCAAGAGAUUGACCCUGUCAUGCAGUCCCUUGGAUAUUGCUGUGGACGCAAGUAUGAGUUUUCCCCCCAGACUUUGUGCUGCUACGGGAAGCAGCUGUGUACAAUUCCUCGCGAUGCCGCCUACUACAGCUACCAGAAUAGGUAUCACUUCUGUGAGAAGUGUUUCACAGAGAUCCAGGGGGAGAAUGUCACCCUGGGUGACGACCCUUCACAGCCCCAGACAUCAGGCAUCCAGGGGGGAACCGACACAAGUGCUCGCAGGCGGCGCUGCUGUGCACCCCCUGUGCGUUACAGUGCGCUGUCUUUGUCUUCUAGUUUUGUGGACUGCAAGGAGUGUGGCCGGAAGAUGCAUCAGAUUUGUGUGCUCCACUAUGAUAUCAUCUGGCCUUCCGGCUUUGUGUGCGACAACUGCUUGAAGAAAACUGGCAGAACUCGAAAAGAAAACAAAUUCAGUGCUAAGAGGCUGCAGACCACACGACUGGGAAAUCAUUUGGAAGACCGAGUCAACAAGUUUUUGCGGCGGCAGAAUCAUCCUGAAGCCGGGGAGGUCUUCGUCCGAGUGGUGGCCAGCUCAGACAAGACUGUGGAGGUCAAGCCCGGGAUGAAGUCACGGUUUGUGGAUUCUGGGGAAAUGUCUGAAUCUUUCCCGUAUCGAACCAAAGCACUUUUUGCUUUUGAGGAAAUUGAUGGAGUGGAUGUGUGCUUCUUCGGGAUGCACGUCCAGGAGUACGGCUCUGACUGUCCCCCUCCAAACACAAGGCGUGUGUACAUAUCUUAUCUGGACAGUAUUCAUUUCUUCCGGCCCCGAUGCCUCCGGACAGCUGUUUACCAUGAGAUCCUUAUUGGAUAUUUAGAAUAUGUGAAGAAAUUGGGGUAUGUAACGGGACACAUCUGGGCCUGUCCCCCAAGUGAGGGUGAUGACUACAUCUUCCAUUGCCACCCCCCUGAUCAAAAAAUCCCGAAACCAAAGCGCCUGCAGGAGUGGUACAAGAAGAUGCUGGACAAGGCAUUUGCGGAGCGCAUCAUCCACGACUACAAGGACAUUUUCAAACAGGCAACUGAAGACAGGCUCACCAGUGCCAAGGAGCUGCCCUAUUUUGAGGGUGACUUCUGGCCCAAUGUGCUGGAGGAGAGCAUCAAGGAGCUGGAGCAGGAGGAGGAGGAGCGGAAGAAGGAGGAGAGCACUGCGGCCGGCGAGACCCCCGAGGGCAGCCAGGGCGACAGCAAGAAUGCCAAGAAAAAGAACAACAAGAAAACCAACAAGAACAAAAGCAGUAUCAGCCGAGCCAACAAGAAGAAACCCAGCAUGCCCAACGUGUCCAACGACUUGUCCCAGAAGCUCUAUGCCACCAUGGAGAAGCACAAAGAGGUCUUCUUUGUGAUCCACCUCCACGCCGGGCCCGUCAUCAACACGCUGCACCCCAUCGUCGACCCUGACCCUCUGCUCAGCUGCGACCUCAUGGAUGGGCGGGACGCCUUCCUCACACUUGCCCGAGACAAGCACUGGGAAUUCUCAUCCUUGCGCCGGUCCAAGUGGUCCACACUGUGCAUGCUGGUGGAGCUGCACACCCAGGGCCAGGACCGCUUUGUCUACACCUGCAAUGAGUGUAAACACCACGUGGAGACGCGCUGGCACUGCACCGUGUGCGAGGAUUACGACCUUUGCAUCAAUUGCUACAAUACGAAGAGCCACACCCACAAGAUGGUGAAGUGGGGGCUGGGCCUGGACGACGAGGGCAGCAGCCAGGGAGAGCCACAGUCCAAGAGUCCCCAGGAGUCGAGGCGCCUGAGCAUCCAGCGCUGCAUCCAGUCGCUGGUGCAUGCCUGCCAGUGCCGCAAUGCCAACUGCUCGCUGCCGUCCUGCCAAAAGAUGAAGCGGGUUGUGCAGCACACCAAGGGCUGCAAGCGCAAGACCAAUGGGGGCUGCCCAGUGUGCAAGCAGCUCAUCGCCCUGUGCUGCUACCACGCCAAGCACUGCCAGGAGAACAAGUGCCCUGUCCCCUUCUGCCUCAACAUCAAACACAAGCUCCGCCAGCAGCAGAUCCAGCACCGCCUGCAGCAGGCCCAGCUCAUGCGCCGGCGGAUGGCCACCAUGAACACCCGCAACGUGCCUCAGCAGAGCCUGCCCUCCCCUACCUCAGCACCGCCCGGGACCCCCACACAGCAGCCCAGUACGCCCCAGACACCACAGCCCCCCGCCCAGCCCCAGCCCUCACCCGUGAGCAUGUCGCCGGCUGGCUUCCCUAGCGCGGCCCGAACUCAGCCCCCCACCACGGCAUCCGCCGGGAAGCCUGCCGGCCAGGUGCCGGCGCCACCACCCCCUACCCAGCCGCCCCCCGCAGCUGUGGAAGCUGCGCGGCAGAUAGAGCGUGAAGCCCAACAGCAGCAGCAUCUGUACCGGGUGAACAUCGGUGGCGGUAUGGCCCCUGGGCGCACGGGCAUGGUGGCCCCGGGCACCCAGAUGGCCCCCGUGAGCCUCAGUGUGCCACGGCCAGGCCAGGUUGGGGCGCCCGUGGUCCCCAGCCUGCCGCCUGGCCAGUGGCAGCAGGCACCCGUUCCCCAGCAGCAGCCGAUGCCCGGCAUGCCUAGGCCCGUGAUGUCCAUGCAGGCCCAGCCGGCCGUGGCCGGGCCACGGAUGCCCAGCGUGCAGCCUGCACGCAGCAUCUCGCCUGGCGCCCUGCAGGACCUGCUGCGGACCCUGAAGUCGCCCAGCUCCCCACAGCAGCAGCAGCAGGUGCUCAACAUCCUCAAGUCGAAUCCCCAGCUGAUGGCCGCGUUCAUCAAGCAGCGCACGGCCAAGUACGUGGCCAGCCAGCCUGGCUUGCAGCCCCAGCCGGCCCUGCAGCCCCAGCCUGGCCUGCACCAGCAGCCGGGCCUGCAAAACCUGAGUGCCAUGCAGGCUGGUGGGCCGCGGGCCGGUGUUCCUCCUCAGCAGCAGGCCAUGGGGGGCCUGAACGCCCAGGGCCAGGCUCUGAACAUCAUGAGCCCGGGGCACAACCCCAGCAUGGCGAGCAUGAAUCCGCAGUACAGGGAGAUGCUGCGGAGGCAGCUGCUCCAGCAACAGCAGCAGCCGCCGCCACCCGGGGGUGCGGGCAUGGCAGGCGGCAUGGCGGGGGGCAUGGCCGGCCACAGCCAAUUCCAGCAGCCACAAGGACCGGGCGGCUAUGCCCCUGCCAUGCAGCAGCCACGCGUGCAGCACCUGCCUAUGCAGGGCGGCUCUGUGGGCCAGAUGGCAGCUCCGCUGGGGCAGCUCGGCCAGAUGGGGCAGCCUGGGCUGGGCACGGACAGCACCCCCAGCAUCCAACAGGCCCUGCAGCAGCGGCUCCUUCAGCAGCAGCAGAUGAAGCAGCAGCUGGGGUCCCCGGGCCAGCCGAACCCCAUGAGCCCCCAGCAGCACAUGCUCUCAGGACAGCCUCAGGCCGCGCACCUCCCUGGCCAGCAGAUGGCCACGUCCCUCAGCAGCCAGGUCCGGUCUCCGGCCCCAGUCCAGUCCCCGCGGCCCCAGUCCCAGCCUCCACAUUCCAGCCCAUCGCCACGGAUACAGCCCCAGCCUUCGCCUCACCACGUCUCCCCCCAGACUGGCUCCCCCCACCCGGGACUCGCAGUCACCAUGGCCAGCUCCAUAGAUCAGGGACACUUGGGGAACCCCGAACAGAGUGCGAUGCUCCCACAGCUGAACACCCCCAACAGGAGUGCGUUGUCCAGUGAGCUGUCCCUGGUCGGCGACACCACAGGAGACACCCUAGAGAAGUUCGUGGAGGGUUUGUAGCAUUGCGAGAGCACCACUUUUUUUCCCCUUUCAUCUUGGACCUUUUGUACUGAAAUCCAGGCAUCUAGGCUCUUUUUAUUCCUAGAUGGAACUGCUACUUCCACGCCAUGGAAGGGUAGAUUGCUGUUUAAAGAAACAAUACAAAGAAUAUAUUUUUUUGUUAAAAACCAGUUGAUUUAAAUAUCUUUGUUUUUUUGUUUUUGUUUUUUUGUUUUGGGGGGAGGGGGGUUUGUUUGGAUUCUUUUUGUCGUCAUUGCUGGUGACCCAUGCCUUUUUUUAACGGGAAAAACAAGUUCAUUAUAUUCAUAUUUUUUAUUUGUAUUUUCAAGACUUUAAACAUUUAUGUUUAAAAGUGAGAAGAAAAAUAAUAUUCAGAAACUGAUUCUUGAAAUAAUGCAAGCUUAUAAUGUAUCCCGAUAACUUUCUGACGUUGCGGGAAGAUUUUUCUAUGGUGAACUCUGUGGGCGCUCUCCAAGUAUUACCCCUGGACGAUAGGAAUCGGCUCCUGCGUGCACACAUGUACACCCACACACAUCUAUCUAUACCUGCUGGCUUAAGCCAGACUCUUGUCUUGCAGAUGUAGAAAUUGUUGCUUUGUUUCUCUGAUAAAACUGGUUUUAGACAAAAAAUAGGGAUGAUCACUCUCUUAGACCAUGCUAAUGUUAAUAGAGAGAAGCAUUCUUUUCUUUCUUCUAUGUGAAACUUGAAAUGAGGAAAAGCAAUUCUAGUGUAAAUCAUGCAAGCGCUAUAAUUACUAUAAAUAAGAAAAUUCAAGAAGAUUCAAUCACUGUAUAGAAUGGUAAAAUACCAACUCAUUUCUUAUAUUGUUAAAUAAACUGUGUGCAACAGACAAAAAGGGUGGUCCUUCUUGAAUUCAUGUACAUGGUAUUAACACUUAGUGUUUGUUUGGGUUUUUUUGUUAUGAAAAUGCUGUUUUCAACAUUGUAUUUGGACUAUGCAUGUGUUUUUUUUCCUCAUUGUAUAUAAAGUACCGCUUAAAAUUGAUAUAAAUUACUGAAGUUUUUAACAUGUA